CUAUAAAGUGCCGUUGUUGAAGUUGAACUAACCAUCUUACUUCUGUUGGUUUGACCAUUGUUUCGUAAAGUAUGCAUCCCGAUUACUAUCGCGUCCGUAUCCUCGCAGAUGCGGCCAGGACUCUUCUACUCCCCCAGGUCCUCCUCCUUGCAGUUUUGCGUUUGACGCAUGUCACCCCUGGCAUUUUCCUGAAAAUACUCCUUCACGUCGCCUCCGUACCCGUUAUUAGCGUUCUUCGUUUCUGGUACAAGUCAUAUGCCAAUCACAAGGCAGCAGAAUCGCUAGGGGCCGCCCCUAUCCCUUGCAUCAAGGGAAAGUGGCCCGGCAAUCUUGAUAUUGCGCUUGGUCUUGUAAGGUCUUUGAAGCAGGACUAUGUCUUGCAAUACAUGUCGGAUCUAUUUGACCAGUAUGGAAGCGAGACGUUGAACACCAGAAUCCUCUGGAAUGACCAGAUCAUAACGAUCAGCGAGUCGAAUAUCAAGUUCAUGCUCACAGGAGCAGGAUUCGAGUGCUUCCACAAGGGCCCUUACUGGAAUGAACGUUUUGAACGCUUUCUUGGAAAUGGAAUCUUCAACAGAGAUGCGGAAGAAUGGCACGCACACCGGCAAAUUGCGCGCCCGUGGUUCGCAAAAGACCGCAUCUCGGAUUUGAAUCUAUUUGACCGUCAUGCAUCCACAACCAUGGCUCAUGUAUCCAAAUUCUCAAGUCUCGAGGAGGCUUUUGAUGUGCAAGAUCUAUUAGCUCGCUUCACUAUAGAUACUGCAGCUGAAUUUCUCUUUGGCACUGCCCUGAACACGCUGCACGCCGCGCUGCCAGUCGCUGGCAAGACCAAAAUGGGCCCGAAGGGGAGUGCUAUCGAUGAUGAAUUUGGUACUUUCGCUUGGGCAUUUGAGGAUGUGCAAGUGAAGAUAUCACAGAGGACGCGUAUAGGGUCCAUGUGGCCCGUCUUUGAACUUUUCAAGGAUAAAACGACUGAAAGUAACGCGAUCAUUCAUGGGUGGCUGAAGCCGAUAGUUGAGAAAGCGUUGAGAGAGAAAGCUGAGGCCAAGACCGCAGGUGGGAGAAAAGAAGGGGAAAAGACGUUCUUGAGUCAUUUGGCUGACAGCACUGACGAUUCUGAUACAAUUCGAUUCCAAGUCAUUAACAUGCUCCUGGCAGGGCGUGAUACUACAUCGUCGUUGCUGACAUUCGUGAUUUAUUUCCUUUGCAUGCACCCGGAUGUAACGAAGCAGCUCCGGAGCGAAAUCAUCGGUGAAUAUGGUCGAGACGGUCGACCGACUAUUGAAAGUAUGCGGAGUCUCAAAUAUCUCCGCGCUGUCCUCAACGAGACCCUCCGUCUCUUUCCUCCUGUGCCCCUAAAUCUACGGAACUCGGACGACAACCCGCAUGCGUUCCCGGCAUCGCCCACGGGUGUCACGCCGAAGUACUACGUUCCUCCUAGAACGCAGGUUCUGUACAGCACGCUACUCGUGCAGCGCAAACGCAGCUUGUGGGGCGACGACGCGGAUGUAUUCAAGCCCUCGCGUUGGCUUGACCCGGCACACAUCAAGCUUGUCACAAGCAACCCAUUCAUGUUCACCCCGUUCCAUGCUGGCCCUCGCGUUUGCUUGGGACAGAAUUUCGCGUACAACGAGAUGUCCUUCUUCCUUAUCCGUCUUCUGCAGAAAUUUUCAGGAUUCCAGCUUGCAAGCGACGCGCAGCCCGCAGAAUCGCAACCUCCCGCGAGAUGGCAAGGGGGUAAGGGUAGACAGGCAUACGAACGCACCUGGCCGGCCAGUUCGGUCACAGCUUAUGUGAAGGGUGGGCUUUGGGUUCGCGCUGAAGCAGCUAGCGAUGACGAGAGUAUGUCGGAUUGAAUUUAUCGAGUCUCUACUCUGUCCGGACGCAGGAAUCAGCAGCCCCUAUUUUUUGCAUU